CCUUAAGAAAAUAUAUUUUAUACAGACCAAAAAAGUAUUAUGUGCCAUGCGUUACUUUCUAGUUAUUCAUAAAAAGUUUACAAGUUUUUAAUUUCAGUAUGUUGAUGUAGAAUGCUUGGGUUUUUUAGCAUUAAUUAUAUAUAUUUUCUUUUUUUUUGCUGGUGCAGGUCAACGAAUGGGUCAAGCCUCAAGUCGCAUUGAAUGUCAGUGGCGGUUAUCGGCGGCUUAUCAGCACCCGUGACUUGGGCUCGGAUUAGGAUUGGAUUGGAUUCGCGCGAGAGAGGGACUCAGUGAACAAUUGUCGCUGUAAGUGGAAGUAGUGAGUUGCAAUGGAGAUGCCUUCGAUCACCUGGUUGCUCUGCGUCCUCCUAACUUUCCGCCUGAAGUCGGCAAAUUCGCUGGAUUGCCAGCAGCAGCUGGAGAACGACACAGAUGCGGAGGAGGCGUGUGAGAACUUCUAUCAGCAUGCCUGCGGAAAUUGGUAUGCCAGCAGUAGGCAACGGAAUAUGGGUGCCCAUGAUACGCGAUCCAAGUGGUUGGCCAAUAUGAAAAUCCAGCUAAUACGGCAUCUGGAGUCCAGUCACGUGGCGAGGGAGGAGGAGGAGCUGGCCAUUUUCUACCGAAGCUGCAUGUCCGGUGACCAGUCUGUGAAGUACUACUCCGAUGCCCUGAUUCAAAGUUCAGGUGCCAGUUUCCCCCUGUUCCCAAACAACUCCUCCUCGAAUAGCUCCUUUGACUGGAUUCCGGUUAAUGCAGCACUCCGAACCUACGGAGCACAGGGUCUGUGGCGACUUUUGGUCCUGGACAACUGGCAGUCGGCCGAUGAGCGCAUCUUCUACCUACUGCCACCCACAUUCGAGCAACUGGGCUACGGAGAGGAUGAGAUGAGUGAGUUUCUUUACGAGCGUUAUCUCAAAAUAUUGCUCAUGGAACUCAAUAUGCGUGUGCGUCGAGCGGGCUUGUUGGCCCAGAAAUUAGUGGCAUUCGAGAAGAGUCUACGGAACCUGUUGCCCAGUGACAUAGAGCAGACCCUGGUGCUGCGAAAGCCACAAAGUCUAAGGGACUUGGAGCUGCAAUUGCCGGGUCUGGAGUUGAGGCGCUACUUUGACAUCAUUCUGCAGGGCCUCGACUGGGAUCCAUCCACACUCUUGCUGGUGGCGAACAUCGACUAUCUGCGCGAUCUUCAGGGACUACUGCUGGCCAGGAAUAGGCCCGAUCCAGAGAUUCUGUCCACUUGGUUGCUGCUGCAGCUACCCGUUCAUUUCGAGCUGAAAAUGCACGAUGAUGAGAGGUUGAGCAGCCAGCAAGAUCGCUGCCUCGAACAGUUGAGGAAACUAAUGCCUGGAGGACUGGGGCGUUUGCAAAUGCAAUUGCAAUUGGGUGACAACUACCAGGAUGUGUAUGACAGCUCCAUACAGCAGAUAGCCUUGCUGUUCCGGGAUCUUAAGCAGCAGUUCGAGUUGGUCUUGAAUGAGACCGAGGUGUUCGAUGAGGAUUUGGUGACCCGCCACUUGGCUCGCGAAAAGUUGCGAGCCAUGCGCCUGCUAACACCUCGUCUGCAGGAUUCCGCGGGCACAGACCACCCGGCCACGCCCAUGGGCGGAAAUUGCGAUGAGAAUCUCAUCCAGUUGUCCCUCAACCUGGCCAGAUUGGAGUUCCGGCAGGUGUUUGGUGAACCAGUGACGGCCGUGCCCGCGGAUCCUAUGUCCGUGAACGCCUACUAUCGCCUCAAGCUAAAUCGCAUCGAGUUGCCACUGGGCCUCCUGGCCACGCCCCUCGCCCAGCUGCCCUCGUGCUCCAAGGAGUCGGAUGCCAUGGCCAAAUUGUCCGCCGGAUUGGGCUACAUCCUGGCCCACGAAAUGGUGCAUGCCUUCGACUACGAUGGCAUCAAUUACGAUGCCGCCGGCCAACUGGCCAAUGGUCAAUGGCCGGCCAGGGCCAUCAUCCGAUUUGGCCUGAGAGCAAAGUGUUAUUUGGGCACACGGUAUAGCAAUGCCACGGCCACCAUCAACGAGAACAUCGCCGAUAGCGAGGGUCUACGCUUGGCCCUCGACACAUAUCGCCGUACACGGAAAUCGCCAAGCGGCCAAAAUCUAAGGACCUUCUUUUUGGCCUUCGCCCAGAAUUGGUGCGGCACGGCGGCUACUCGGGGAUUGGGCCAACAACACUCAUCCCACGUCGACCGGGUGAACAAUGUGGUGGGAAAUCUGCCUGAGUUCGGGGAAACCUUCCAGUGCACCGCCUCCAGCCGAAUGAAUCCCGCCGAAAAGUGCCGCCUUUGGUGAACAGUUCUACAGAGCUAUCUAUCUAUCUAUCUAUCUAUCUAUCUAUAUUAUUAAACACUAAUUGAGGCCUACACGACAUGGCACUGAACUAGAUAAUACCAGUGCAAAAAUUGUACUUUAAAGGCAGCUGGAACUUCGAAGGAUCCACUCUUGGAAAAAUUGGAACUUGAUUAAUUUAGUCAAAGACUCUUUGACAUGUUAAUAAACUAGCAAAUGGAACUAUG